AUUUACGAUCGGGACUGUUUUCAGUCAGUGUGAGUCGGAGACUGUCAGACAGAGUGAUGGCACUUAGAAGAGCUCUACAUUUCGUUUUUAAAGUAGGAGACAGAACCAAAACAGCGCGUUUUUACAGAGAUGUGUUAGGAAUGACGAUUCUGCGGCAUGAAGAAUUUGAGGAGGGCUGCCAGGCAACCUGUAACGGUCCAUAUGAUGGAAAGUGGAGUAAAACCAUGGUGGGCUUUGGACCAGAAGACAACCACUUUGUUGCAGAGUUGACCUAUAAUUAUGGAGUGGCUGAAUACCGCCUUGGAAAUGACUUUCUGGGUUUCACUCUGCAGUCUAGUCAGGCUGUGAGUAAUGCUAGGAGGUUAGGUUGGCCUCUUACUCAAGUUGGAGAUUCUCUGUACAUGACUGAAGCCCCAGGAGGAUACCGCUUCUACCUUAUAGAUAAAGAUCAGCCUGACAGUGAUCCUAUCCAGAAAGUUUCCUUGGCAGUGUCUGAUUUGCAGCGUUCUGUUCAUUAUUGGUCCUCCCUGCUGGGAAUGAAAGUUAUUGAGAAAAAUGAGGACAAAAAGACUGUCUUGAUGGGAUUCUCAGAUAAUCAGUGUAAGCUGGAGCUACAGGACAUUGGAGGCACUGUGGAUCAUGGAACUGCUUUUGGUAGGGUCGCAUUUGCUUGCCCUCGAGAUCAGUUACCAGAUAUUGAGGCCUUGGUGAAAAAAGAAAACCACAAAAUCCUAACCCCACUCGUGAGUCUAGACACACCUGGAAAGGCCACAGUAGAAGUUGUCAUCCUUGCAGAUCCUGAUGGUCAUGAGAUAUGCUACGUGGGUGAUGAGGCAUUCAGGCAACUCUCUGCCAUGGACCCAAAUGGAAAUGAAUUACUAGAUAAGGCCAUCGCUGCAGAUAAGAGUGACGAGUGGUUUGCCAAAUACAACAAGCAUAAAGCUUCAGUAUAAAGUCUUUCAGAGUAAUAGGCAUAUAGUGAUUGAGACUGCUUAAGAAGAACCAAGAUCUCUAGCCAGUGAACCAGAUGUUCUUUUUGUCAUUAUACAUUUCAAUGUUUUUCUAAUGAUAAUCAAACAUUUUUUGGAAUAAUUACAAUCUACAAAGCUACAAAAACGGUAACAUGGAUGAUUUCAUAAUCCCAUAAUAUGUCUAUGUUGGGUGUUAUAAUUUUGGUUUGAUGUGCAUUAUUAAUUUGUAAUUUUUCUCUCUGAGAUGUAAAUAGUUUUUGUUUGAAAAAUCAAAAGAAUAUUAUUAAUAAUAAUAAUUAUUAUUAUUAUUGUAAUGUUUUAAAUAUUCACAUAAGCAUUGACUGUUGAAAUAAACAUGGAUGUGUAUGUAUUUUCCACAGAAACAUCUCUGGCACUUACCAGUGUGUAAAGACAGAAACCUUCCUUUGUUUUCAUUUGGUUGACUACCAGAGAUCACCCUUGUAAUACUUUUAUAAGAGCUUUCCACUGGCCUCUAUUAUGAACAGAACAAUUAAGCAAGUAGAUAAGACAGUCACGGUGGUUGUGAGUUGCCCACCUAGACCAGUGGUUCUAAAACUGGGGACCGUGGCCCCCUGGGGGCCCCCAAGAUGGAUCCAGGGGGCCACAGAUUUUGUGGCAUUUUAUGAAAUAUAGAAAUUUAUCAUAGAUUGUAUGCAAUCAAACAUCAGAAAAAUGACACCACCAACCAAAAGAAUUGAGGUUCCAGCAUUGUGUAACUGAAUGUUUUUGGUUUAAUUAAAA